CCUACAAAGCCACCGCCGCCUCCCGCUUCCUUCUCCGCCAUACCUCGUGCCCGACGAGCCCUAGGGACCGCGAGAGAAGGAUUCGAAGGGAGAUUCAAGGGGGUUUGCGGAUUCGCUCCUCGUGAACGGCGGCGGCGGCCAUGGCGUCCAAGAAGCAGGCGGGGCCGGGAUUCGCGGUUCCCGCUCAGGAACCGAAGAACGGCGGCGAUGCGGCCAGACUCGUCAGGAAGCCAAUGGCUACAUUUCCACAGCAAGCGGCGGCAAGAGGCCGUAGGGCACUUGUCGACGUUGGCAAUCUUAUGAAUGGCCGGCCUUCUCUUGUGAACCGACAGAAGCAAGCGGUUGCAGCAACAGCAAACAGCCAUAAAGCAGUCGACGUUGGCAGCAAGAAGCCACUGGUUCCUCAGGCAGCAGCAAGAAGCCGGCGAUCACUUGCCGAUAUUAAGAAUCCUAGGAUCAAUGACCGUGCUGCUCCUGCAAAUCGUCAGAGGCCACUGGCUGCUGUGUCUAAAAGGAAUGGGAAAGCAGUAAUGCUGAAGGAAUGCAAGGUGAAGCCUGAAGUCAUUGUGAUUAGUCCAGAUACCGAGAAGGAGAAGAAAGCCAAAACCUCAGGGGGCCCGAGAGUCUGUAGGAGGGUACCAACACUUUUUGGUAAUUUGACAAAAUGCAGCAGGGCUUCUGAUGGGGUUGUCAGCAGCCCGAAGAAGACAGAUCCAUAUGACAUUGAUACACCUGAUUCUUGCAAUGAGCUGGCAGUGGUUGAAUAUGUUGAGGACAUCUACAGAUUCUACAAGAGCACUGAGGGCACCUGCCUGCCCCUCAGCAGCUACAUGAGCUCGCAGACUGAAAUCAGCGAGAGAAUGAGAGCUAUCCUUAUCGACUGGAUUAUCGAGGUACAGUACAGGCUUAUUCUAAUGCCAGAGACACUUUACUUGACCGUCUACAUCAUCGAUCAGUACUUGUCCAUGGAGAGUGUUCCAAGAAAGGAGCUACAGCUCGUCGGCAUAAGUGCCGUGCUGAUAGCAAGCAAGUAUGAAGAGACAUGGGCUCCACUGGUCAAGGAUUUGCUGUGCAUUUGUGACAAUGCCUUUACCAGAGACCAGGUUCUGACCAAGGAAAAAGCCAUCCUGGACAGGCUCCAUUGGAACUUGACGGUUCCAACAAUGUACAUGUUCAUUGUUCGGUAUCUGAAAGCCGCAAUGGGCGACAAAAAGCUUGAGAACAUGGCAUUCUUCUACUCUGAGCUGGCAUUGGUCCAGUACACGAUGCUGGUUUACCCUCCAUCAGUGACCGCAGCUGCUGCCGUCUAUGCUGCCAGGUGUACCCUUGGAAUGAAUCCACUGUGGACUGAUAUUCUGGAGCAUCACACUGGCUUAAGUGAGCCACAGUUACUGGAUUGCGCUAGGCGGCUGAUCAACUUCCAUGCCCUGGCUCCGGAAAGCAAGCAGAAGGCGGUGUACAAGAAAUACUCCAGCCCCAAGCUCGGGGCCGUCGCGCUUCAAUACCCUGACAAGAAGCUGUUGCCAGUUUGAGCUGGGGUGCAGAGGCUCGCUCGCUGCUGCUCUUUUGUUUUUUCUUUUCCCUUGUCGUCGUCUCUUGGGAAAACGACUAUGGAUGCCUGCUGUAUCAUCGCUUCGAUGGUACCAUUUGUUUGGGUCGUGUGCUCUUUGCUUUGCUACUGAAGCGGAGCGUGUGUUUGGUCAGUGUGGUACUUGAAUCGUCGGCAAAUAUUAAAUGAUUAUCAGUCGGUUUGGUUAAUCAUGUGAUGUUUGUUGAAAGGUUCUUGUGGAAAUGUGAUGUGAAGCAGCUUUGCACUU